UAUACGGAUCCUGCGGCACGUAUCCUGCCAUUGUUACUGAGAAUACGAUAUAGAAAUCUUUAAGUCAAGCUGCCAAUCGAAGCACCGGCCAGGAAAGUGAUAGAUGGCAUUAAGACGAUUUUUUGGGUUUUCUGAUGGCGAGUUGAUGCGGGCGGAUGCAAAACCUUGUUCCAGAUUGAUGAGACAAACAGCUGGGAUUUUUACAGUUGGAGGAGGAUUAUCAUUUUGGAUUCUAUGUAGAUUGCAUUAUGGUCCCAGAAUUACGGUUCCUAGAAGUCUUCGUUGGGCAACUUGUGGAGCAGUAUCGGUCAGCUCAACCUCCGCUUUACUGGUUCGCUUAUUUAGUCCUGAAUGUGAACCCCAGAACAUAGCUGCUUAUGACAAUAAAAAGUAGUGCUAGGUUGAAGCUCGUCUUAAUAUGUUUUCUCAGCUUUAUAUGAAGGCCAAAAUGGACAACUAAGAUUAAUGUUCUUGGCAUGCUAUGUUGUUGUUUAAAAGUGCACUGUUUGUCUCACAUUGGCAGGUUUUGAUGACCAGGUUCCUAAAAUGUUCCUCUCAUCACAUGAGCAAGUUGUCUUUUA